AUGGCACUUUCCAAGACGCAUCUGAACCUGCUGCUCCACAUGCUCGAGCAACUCGACGGCCUCGAACUACGCCUCACCGUCAGCGCAAGUCCCACAACCACUCUGCUUGCUUCACACGGCACCUUCACUCGUGGUCAUACCGGCGCCGCGGACGACUUAGAAAAGGCGAUCGACCUACUUCAUACAGCCUCAGCAGCACGGCAUACAGCUUGCAAAACGACCAUUGGUCGCAACGAAGCGCACCAACUGGCUCUCGAAGCACGAGAUCAGCGGCGAGUAGCAAAGGAAGCGCUCGAAGUUUUCAAGCAUGCACGCAUCGAUCUGAUGAAGAUGAGAAGCGGGCUUGGGUGCUUGAAGCUAGAUGUCCGUGAUAUUGGCGGCUUUGAGCUGGGCGAAUUGGUGGGGGGGAAGAACGAGAGGGCGCGGCAACGGCAGCAGCAGCAUUAUGAUCAACAUGCAGUUCAUCAAGUGCUGAGAAGGGCUUCAUCGGCACCACUUUUGGGAUGUCCAGCGGCCAAGCAACUGACGAAUACUCGAGAGCGUGUGCUUGGCUGA